AAAAUAUCAGUAGAAAUUUUACAAAAUCCGAUAACAAAAUUAGGCAAUAGGUUAUGGACAGAGAGUUAGCAGGAUUUUAGUUGUCACUGCCACGAGUCUGUGCAAUCGAAAGCAAUCUUAUUUGUUCACGUUUUGUACAAAAUAUAUAUUUUUUAAACCAAUUCUUUACUAAUUCAAAUGUCGAAGCCUGUCAAAGUUGUGUAGCCAAACGUGAAUUAUAUCGAUACAAUUCCCUUAUCUUGUUAUUUGUCUAAAAAGAAAUAGAAUGGAGGAAGUGUGGAAUGUUUUUUAUUGAAAUGUAGAAAAGUGCUCGCAGUGCCAAAAUGCCCAACCCUGCAAGAGACAAGAAACAAGAUCCACGAUGGUGUAUGAAGGAACAUGAAAACGUCAGGGAGUAUACAUACUACCCAGAGAAAUCAACAGCAUUGGAGAAAAUUAAAAAGAAACUGAAAAUAGAGGUAGUACGAGAACAAGACAGAGAAUUAGAAUUCGAUCUAAUUGGUUGCGAUACUUCACUGGUCAAUGCAUUUCGCAGGAUACUUAUAAGCGAAGUGCCCAGUAUGGCCAUUGAACAGGUUUAUAUUGUAAAUAAUACUAGUAUUUUACAAGAUGAAGUAUUUGCACAUAGAAUGGGUCUUAUUCCUCUUCGUGCAGACGCUAGAUUAUUCGAAUUUCCGCCACAAAACAAAAGACCAAACGGCGAGAUCGGUGAUCAGGAUACUCUGAGAUAUGAAUUGAAGGUCACAUGUACUAAAAACCCACAAGCCCCAAAACUUUCUACUCUUCCAGACGACUUAUACAGAAAUAGCAAAAUUUACAGCAAGGAUAUCAAAUGGGUACCAAUUGGUCGGCAAGCAGACAUGUUUCCACGUGGAACGGAACAAUUCGGUAUGGUAGAUGAGGACAUAUUAAUAGCGAAACUGCGUCCUGGUCAUGAGAUCCAUGCCUACAUGCAUGCUGUUAAAGGUGUCGGCAAAGAUCACGCCAAAUUUUCUCCUGUAGCUCUCGCAACGUAUCGUCUCAUGCCAGGCAUCGAACUGCUCAAGCCUAUCAGAAACGCGGAUGCGGACCUUCUGCAAAAAUGUUUCAGUCCUGGUGUGAUAGAAGUGGUAGAACAGCAAACGAGUUCGGGUGAGAAGAACCGUGAGGCACGUGUGGCGAAUGCUCGUUACGAUAACUGCAGCAGAAACGUCUUCUAUCACGAACAAUUAAAGAACUGCGUGGAACUGACUCGGAUACGGGACCAUUUUAUUUUUACUGUGGAAACUGUGGGAGCAUUGCCGUCAUCCGUAUUAUUCAUAGAAGCGGUUAAAGUGCUAAAGAACAAAUGCAGAACGUUCCUAGCAGAAAUGGAUGGUGUCAACAAAUAAAUCCGAUUUUGUAAAAUUAUUAUGAAACCUUUGUGUAAAUUAUAUAAUAUAAUCAUUAUAUUAUAUAUAA